AACACUGCGGAAACGUACCAUAUUUUUGCUUACACGUAGUCGGUUGGUUAGUUGCUGUUCACAUUGGCGAUAUGGGGGAGUACGACAGGGGGUCCACUUUCGAGCUUCGCUGUGAAGUCCAGCAGUACGCCUGGGGUAAAAUUGGGUCAGCUAGUGAAGUUGCUAGGCUGUCAAGUUCAGCCCACGCCGACUUUGCAGUGGCAGAAGACGAGCCAUAUGCGGAAUUAUGGAUGGGAGCACAUCCUAAGGCGCCAAGUCAAAUUUUAACACCUAAAACCAGUUUAUCACUUCUGGAAUAUAUUAAAAAGAAUCCUGAAGUUUUGGGAAAGAAAGUGAAUAAUGUUUUCAAGGGAGAAUUGCCCUUUCUUUUGAAGGUUCUCAGUGUAAACAAAUCUCUCUCAAUUCAAGCUCAUCCAAACAAAUCUCAUGCUGAAAAACUCUUUGCUGAGAGGCCUGAUAUUUACAAAGACCCAAAUCACAAGCCAGAGAUGGCAAUAGCUCUAACACCAUUUGAAGGAAUGUGUGGUUUUCGUCCACUGAAGGAGAUCCAGAUGUUUUUGAAAGAGGUUCCUGAGUUUCGAGCUGUUGUUGGAGAAAGUGAAGCAGAAAAUAUCAUGAAAUGCAAGCCUGGAGAUGAAUAUGUAGCAAAAGCAUUAAAAUCUUGUUUUGAAAAUGUUAUGAAAUGUAAUGCUGAAGUCCGCAAAAAAAAUCUUUCAAAGUUGAUAUCUCGUAUUUCUGUUAUGGAUCAGGAAUCAGAUUCAUUUUCAAAAUAUUCUGGGGAACUUUUGCUUCGCUUGAAUAGUCAAUUCCCAGGAGAUGUCGGGUGUUUCGUUGUCUAUUUUCUCAAUCAUAUUAUACUCAAACCAGGGGAAGCAAUGUUUCUUGGUGCUAAUGAACCACACGCCUAUCUUGAUGGGAAUUGUAUAGAGUGCAUGGCUUGUUCAGAUAAUGUUGUAAGAGCUGGCCUAACACCAAAAUUAAUCGAUGUUCCAACGCUUUGUGAAAUGCUCAACUACCAACCAGCUACCCCUGAAAGCAAGAUAUUUCCUUCGAUACAAAAAAAAGACGAUCCUUAUGUGAAGGAAUACAAUCCACCUGUGGAUGACUUUGCUGUGCAAUAUAUUUCUAUACCUAAAGGCAUUUCUGAGUACACAAUAAAAGCGAUUGAUAGUGCCAGCAUAUUGUUGGUUUUUGAAGGCAAAGGGGCAGCAAAUAAAUCAAAACCUUCUGGACUUGACUUAAGACCUGGUGCGGUUUUCUUUAUUAGUGCAGACACUGAUGUAGCAAUUUCAUUAAGUAAAACACCUUUCAUUGCUUUUCGUGCUCUAUGCAUUUUGUAAUAAUACAUACAAAUCUAUAUUACUGUACAGUUUAGAAAUAUUGUUACUGCUCUACCUUAUGACUAGGGCUUCUUUUCAUCAGCCUGGAUCUUAAAAUACUGCAAUAGGUUAUCAAACAUUUACAUGAAACUCUAGCCCAGAUUCUCGUUUAUGAUGGUAAUAUAUAACAAGACCCUUGAAAUGAAUAUAGAUAGCAUUUUCUCCAUUUGUAGAACGACCAGCACCUGUGCAUUUGUU